AAUGUUCUGAAACACAGAAAACAAAACAAAACAAAAAAUGGAGCACGAGAUUCCCGUAGGGUUUCGUUUCUAUCCGACGGAAGUUGAGCUGAUUUCGUUCUACUUAAGAUUCCAGCUUAACGGAGGAAAUGCUACCAUUCACAGUCUCAUACCCAUUCUCGAUGUGUUUAGCGUUGAGCCUACUCAGCUUCCAAAUCUUGCGGGAGAGAGGUGUCGAGGAGACGCAGAACAAUGGCUUUUCUUCGUGCCAAGGCAAGAGCGGGAAGCUAGAGGAGGAAGACCGAGCAGGACCACUGGUUUAGGAUACUGGAAAGCAACUGGUUCACCAGGGCCUGUUUUCUCGCCUGAAAAUCGUGUAAUCGGAGUUAAGAAGACGAUGGUUUUCUACAUCGGGAAAGCACCUACGGGGAGAAAGACAAAAUGGAAAAUGAAUGAAUAUAAAGGAAUUGACGAAACAGCCAGUGUAUCUACCAUUCCUAAGUUGAGGCACGAAUUCAGUGUCUGUCGAAUCUACAUAAAAUCCGGAAGCUCGAGAGCCUUUGACAGACGCCCCACGGAAGUUUAUGCCAUAGAGAGAAAGCUUCCUCGAUUUGGAAUUGAGACAUCAUCUCGUGCUACUGCUACACGAAGAACCUCUGAGAUGGUUGAUGGGCUAUCACAACUCCGAGAGAGAAAGCUUCCUAAGAAUAGUGUUGAGACAUCAUCAUAUGACACAUUCACAACCUCACAGGAAACAUCAGAUUCAGGAGGAGGAGACCAAGUUCAGUUGCCCGUGAAUGCUUCUACUACACAAACCAUUUCAGAGAUGGUUGAUGGGCUAUCACAACCUUUUUGGGAGUGGGAACAACUAAAUUGGUCUUAAACCUAUUACCUUGCAUCUUAUACCUACUCUACGACCUCUAUUUUUAGUUGAUAAAUAUUCUAGACUAGGGUUCAUCCGUGAUUCAUGCACUUUUAUUAAAUAUUUUAAACACUUGAAUUUAUUUUGAAAUGCUUAAUUAU